CUGGCGGCCGGCACCGCCGCGCUGCUGGCGGCGCCCAUGGGGCUGCUGGUGCUGGCCACCGUCCUGGGCAACGCCCUGGUCAUCGUGGCGUUCGCGCUGGACCGCAGCCUCCGCACGCAGGGCAACUUCUUCUUCCUCAACCUGGCCAUCGCCGACCUGCUGGUGGGCGGCUUCUGCAUCCCCCUCUACAUCCCCUACGUGCUGACGGGCGAGUGGAGACUCGGCCGGGGCUGGUGUAAGCUGUGGCUGGUGGUAGACUACCUGGUGUGCACCGCCUCUGUCUUCAACAUCGUCCUUAUCAGCUUCGACAGGUUCAUCUCUGUCACCAAAGCGGUCAGUUACAGGGCUCAGAAAGGGGUGACCAGAAAUGCAAUACUGAAGAUGAUCACUGUAUGGAUUGCUGCUUUUCUUCUCUACGGUCCAGCCAUUCUCAGUUGGGAGCACAUUGCCCAAAAGAGCAUCCUCCCUGAAGGAGAAUGUCAUGCAGAAUUCUUUUACAACUGGUAUUUCCUAAUGAUUGCUUCUACUAUUGAAUUCUUUACACCUUUCAUCACUGUUACAUAUUUUAACUUCAGUAUUUACCUCAACAUCAGGAAACGCGCAUCCCUCAGAAACGAAAACCUAUCACCUGGUCAAGAGGACUGUGAAAUGAGUUUCCAGGGGACAAAAAGGGAACACACUGUAUUUUUUGUAAAGCCUGCUAACAGACACAAACAUGAGAAAAGAGCAAGCAGCCUUUCUCCCCCCAAAAAGGCUUCAAGGCUCGACCUACAUAAGCUUAAAAAUCAGUCAUUAAGUCUGAAUAUCAAUCAAGACCUUCCACCACUUCAGAUGGAAGAGACCAAGCCUCAUAGGAAUGAUUUCUACAAAACUACAGAAAGCAUAUGCAAUGCCACCAGCAGAGUGGACACUGCUAACACUAUGGCAAAUAGACUUUCCCGGGAUAAAAGAGUAGCAAAGUCUUUAGCAAUUAUUGUCUGUGUGUUUGGUUUGUGUUGGGCUCCAUAUACACUUCUGAUGAUCAUCAGAGCAGCUUGCCAUGGGCACUGUGUGCAGUAUUCACUUUAUGAGACUUCAUUUUGGCUUCUGUGGGUGAAUUCAGCCAUUAACCCUGUUCUAUACCCACUGUGUCACAUGAGCUUUAGGAAAGCCUUUAUAAAACUCCUGUGUCCAGGAAAAGCCAAAAUUCAUCCUCAUAUUUUUAUGUGAAAAAAGAUAGUGUGAAGCCUGACAAUGAGUACGUCUUGCUUUCAGUGGGAGCAUAAACUGGCUAAUAUUCACCUGCAAUUAUUAAGUGCAAUGUGCACUGGGUAGUUUAUGGAAUACUGGUAAGUAGUUACAAGUGCAGACAUUUAUGAAUGUAUAAAAUAGUUGUCCAUGUGGCUAGAGAAGUCACAGCAAUGAAAGAUAACUUCUCAAAGCUCUUUGGGGAAUUAUGCCAAUUAUUGUCUGGUAAUGGUGUACUAGUGUUAAAGUUCUGAAGAGGGAAUAGAACAUUCACAGACAAUAAUUAGGAGUUCAGGCUCUCUUACUUUUAAUAACUGUAAAUAUUGCUGGUAAGGAAUUUAAAGUGUUAACCUCAGACCUGAUAUAUUUUACCCCCAAACCCUAAGGUGCCAAGGGUCUUGGCUGUUAAGAGUACUAUGUUUUUCCCACCGUGGAAGAGGCAAGCCGGACCAAUGCAAAAAGCUAAAUACUGGUGUCCAGGGAAAGCAUGGGACCAUAAACACCAUGGCACCAGAACAGCUGGGUUGCCAGAGAAGCUGAGCAGUUGUAGCAGGUAAAGGAGCACUGAUUUGAAUGGAAAAGGUGGUUGAAAUUUUUAGUAGAACCAAGUUCAGGGACAGGAAUAUAAAAGGGUUUUAAGCUUUGUGACAGCAGAUGUGAGAAUUGAGAGUUUAUACACUGGAAGAAUUUCACCAUAAGCUUCCUCCCUCAGCUAUGACUUCCUGCCUCCUCCAGGAUUCUGCAUGGGCAGGAAUCUACUCAAGUCAAAUGUCUAAUCCUUACAGGACUGACACAGGUACUCUUCUAUCUGUUGCUGUAAAAGCACAGAGUAAGCAUAAUUAGUCUAUCAUAUCUAUGACAGACAGAUCUUGGUAUAGACAGAGCUUUAGGUUAACUGCCCUUGGAGUAAUUUUUAAAACAUUUCCAAUUAGACUUUUACUAGUUCUGGCUACUUCUGAAAGGAAAAAAUAUGUUUUCCCCUACUCCACCUAUUGGAUCUAUCCAUCCAUCAAGUCAGCAGUCAAAAAAGUAUUACUUGAAGUGUUUAGACCAUCCAUCAUGAGUAGCAUGACUCAAAAAAAAGUCUUAAAAUUUACAGCCUUGCUAUUGACCAUGAGUGUGAAAAACAAUGUAAACACCUACAUCCUGUGUCUGCCAUUCUGCCUCUGCCGAAGUCACACAGCUAGAUCCUGAGUUUUGACUAAUUUGUCCCACAAGAGGUAUCAAUUUGAACAUCACUAGCAAUACAAUUUUGUUUCACCAUGUUAAACUUAAGUAGCUUAACAGACACUUUCCUUGGCUGACAAGUGAGAGCUAUUGAACAGCCAUGGUUGUCCAUUGCCACAGCCAAAAUGCAUGUUAGUACAGUUGAUCUUAAAAUUUACAGACAGUAUUUUGUUUGCUUUGUAAAAUUUCAAUAAACAUAAUCAAGAACUGUGAAAGAGUCAUAACUUUGUAGCCUUAACAAGUGGUACAUGAGAAAAAGCAUUAGCCUACAACAUUUGGGUAACUGCAAUUGAAACUGCAAAACCAUUAUUCAAAGACAAUUCCUAAAUUACAAGGACUGACCUUGAGGAUUAAACAAACAUGGUUAGCAAAUAUUGUAAACUAGGAAGGCAUAUCCCUACUAUAUGAGCAUAUCUACAUGAACAUGAUCAUCAUGUUCUACUAAGGGUAUUUUAUAAGAAAACAAUCAUCUCAACAGUUCUUUUAAGAGAAACAGCACCAACAGAUACAGAGCAACAUUAAGAUUUUUUGAAUAGCAUUAAUUCUACCACUGGGCAAGUAAACCCAUUAGAUUACCUCCCCACUCCUCCUCCCUUCCAAACCAGACAUACAUCAAUAGAUGAUCUAGUUGUUGUCUACUCCAUAAUCCUUGCUUCCUAGGAUUGUAUUUGCCUUUUUCAGAAAACAGGUAGCUCUAAGUUAUAGGACAGUUCCACCAAUUCACUACCCAAUCAAGCCAGGACAGUUUUCACAACAGUGGUCAACUCGAAGUUCAAUCAGCUUUAGAAAUUACAUUCCGUUAAGGUAAAACAGAUAUUUCAAAGCUUUCAGCAACUGGCAUUAACCUACAGUCUUCACAGGAGUCGCUAUUGGCAAUCACUCUACUGCUCAGUUUCCUACAGCUUUGCAAUUUAAUUGCCUCUCUAGCACACACCUAGAAUCCUGUAGGAUUCUUUACCACACUCUCAAGAUAUGUCCUAAAACCAUUCUGAAAUCCAAACACACAUCGUCUGGAAAAAUACUGGUUUUGAAUGAUAAACUUCUACAUUAGAAAUGCUAGCAGCCUCCCAGCUGUUCCAGGUUAACUAUGCUUUGAUUUUUCUGCCCCCACAAAACAGAAGUUCUUUUGGUUUUUUAUCAGAAGGUUCAACAUUAGCAUUGGGUUCAACAGUGGGCUCUGAAGAGACAUGAAACAACAGGUGUUAAUAGCAAUUUUAUUGUUUCACCGGUGCAAAAUCAUGAUACUGAAUAAACUUGUGUAAUGCAUUUUCCCCUAAAUUUACAGUAAUGAAGGUUAUACAUAUCUAUAUAGAUUGCAAUUUCUCUAUUUUUAUACUAUUUGGAACAAAAUUAUUUUGAUAAAUAUGCCCUGUGCACAGUACUGGCCCUCACUGAAUGUCACAGAGCCUUAAUAUGCAAAAUAUAACUUCUGGUUUUGAACAUGGUACUUUAAAACUCUCCAAACAUGCAUUAAUAUAUUCUAGUUUUUAGGGAAAAAUAUUACACUUAGUCUUAACUUGCAUUAAAAGAAAAGCACAAGCAGAAUCUGACAUACAAUAACCCCAAAAAUCUGAUGCUCUGUAAGGAUCAGACACAGUUUCAGAUGACAGUCACUGCCAGCUUAGAACUCUAGUGCUACAGAAGCAACAGUGAACAGACAGAAGAGAAAUCAGAACGGGAAGAGUCACAUGGAUUUCAGAGAAAGUUUCAGCCAUGCUAACUGAUGAAACCUGUAGUUGCUGGUCCAACCUUUCGAUUUUGUUAGAGUACUCGACACAAGUGUUUGAAGUGCCAGACUGAACACAUGAAUGCUAACUUAACUUGACAUUUCUGAAAGGCACAACCUAUGAAUCUAUCUU